AUGGACUGGAGUGUGGAAAACCAUGAUGAAACCCCUUCAGCAUUCCUAACACAUGAUAACACUGAACAAAACCUAAUUGAACCAUCGACAUACAGUUUGUUAAAAAGACCUCUAUCUGACACGAAUACUCCAAAAUCUCCGAACUCACCAACAAUAUCUGGAGACAAAAUGCCUAUCCCUCAACCUGACAAGAAAAAACCUAAAAUUAAAUCGAGAUCCAAUUCACUCACAUCCUUGGAGGAUAACAAAAUAGAUUCUAUGCUCAAGCCAGCUGUCGCCUUUUUUGCCAACAGCGAGAACACCUCAAUUACAAUGGAACAAUUUAAAUUUUUCUUGGAAAACAUUGGAAAUACAAAAUAA